AGAGGGGGGGGAGAGGAAAAAAGGAACGGAGCAGCUUGACGCAUUAGGUUAUAAUACUCGAUGGAAUAAUCUCGUCUUCUUUUCUACGCGAAUUUUCCGGCUCGUCGCCGACGGCCCGGGGGAGGCGAGCGUCGACAGUGAUCAACAAUGCGACAAUGAGGAGACUCAACGAGUUUCUCGCGAUCUGCGUCGUGUUGCAGUGUUUGUACGGGGCAUGCACCACACACUUGCUCAUAAACGUCAAAAAUCAGGGCGGUGAUAUUCUUCUAGAAACAAUCUCGUCUAAUGUUACGGAAGAUCUGAUUACUCUCGAGUUCCAGCGUUCCGAUGGCACGCUGGUCACGCAGCUCAUCGAUUUCAAAAAUGAAGUCCAAGUUAUAAAAGCUCUGGUGCUCGGCGAGGAGGAACGCGGGCAAAAUCAGUAUCAAGUCAUGUGCUUCGUGAAUCAUUUUUACAAAGUAGAUUUUAUAUCGUCCGACGCGAUGUCCAAGCUACGCCAGAAAAAUCCGGGCACUGUGCGCGUAGCGGAGGAGGACAGAGGCCAUGUCAAUUACACGAUGGACUUGUUCCUGGACGUUUCUCAGUCCAAGGAGAUCUCGAAGCACGUGACCACGCUUUGCGCGGAGGCAGCUGGAUCGACGUACACUAGAAAUGACGAUAUAAAGCAGUGGAUUCAAAGACCAGGUUCCUCUGAAGAAUUACUCAUGGCAGCUGUAUAUAACUUUACAAAUGUGCCGCAGUCAGGCACGAACGACACAAGAUCGUUUCCGGUCUCUAAAUGUGCUGACACGUCAAAUCUCUGGGCCCCUUGCACGUGCUCCCUCGAAUUGUGCAUCGGCUGGUAUCCGUGUGGUCUCAAGUUUUGCAAAGGGAAAUCAGACGGCAAAAAGGUGGCAAGCACCUAUCGAUGUGGCAUAAAAACCUGUAAGAAGUGUUUUAUAUUCUCAUAUUAUUCUAAAAUGAAACAGAACUGUUUAUGGGACGAAUGACAUAUAAGGACACUAUAGAUUGAAAUUUUCCAUAUGAGCUAUAAGCGCGUUGUAGUGCGAUAGAAAAAAGAAUGAAGAAUGCUAGAAACAAAUUAAAUAUCUCA